CUUAAGUUUCUUCUUCAACCUUAUUUCGUUCCUUCUUCCUUUCUCUGCCAAACCGUCCCUGAACAAAGCUUACAGAGGCUUCUGCAAUUCUCAGGCGACUAAUUCUCGGUCAUCAUCCCAUCAUACAUAGCUGUUUUCGGAUUCAUUCCGUCAUAAAAAUUUUCAAGUGCUUAAGAAUUUCUGCAUUUUUUAUUCAACAGAGUGAAGAGAGAAGGCCUAGGUGAGUAGUUUCUGAUUGAAUUUUGAACCAAAAAUGUGGAAGCUGAAGAUUGGAGAGGGCGUCGACGGUCCCUACCUCUACAGCACAAACAACUACGUAGGGAGACAGACAUGGGAAUUCGAUCCCGACGCCGGUACACCUGAAGAAAGAGCCCAAGUGGAAGAAGCUCGCCAGAAUUUCUACAGGAACCGCCACCAGGUUAAGCCUUGCGGCGACCUCCUGUGGCGAAUGCAGUUUUUGAGGGAGAAGAAUUUCAAACAAACCAUUCCACCCGUGACGAUUGAGGAUGGCGAACAAAUCAGCUAUGAGAAGGCCACCAAAGCAUUGAAAAGGGCUGUCCAUUUUUUCUCUGCAUUGCAAGCUGGUGAUGGACAUUGGCCCGCCGAAAUUGCAGGCCCAUUAUAUUUCCUUCCACCCUUGGUGUUUGCCUUGUACAUCACAGGUCAUCUCAGCACUGUAUUCCCUGCAGAGCAUCGUAAAGAAAUUCUUCGAUACAUAUAUUAUCAUCAGAAUGAAGAUGGUGGAUGGGGAUUUCACGUUGAAAGCCAUAGUAGCAUGUUCUGCACCGCUCUUAACUACAUUUGCAUGCGUAUUCUUGGGGAAGGACCUGAUGGUGGUCAAGACAAUGCCUGUGCAAGAGCGCGCAAGUGGAUUCUUGACCAUGGCAGUGUCACUCACAUACCUUCUUGGGGAAAGACUUGGCUGUCGAUACUAGGAGUAUUUGACUGGUCAGGAAGCAACCCAAUGCCUCCAGAAUUUUGGUUCCUUCCUUCUUUCAGUCCUAUGCACCCAAGUAAAAUGUGGUGCUAUUGCCGUAUGGUUUACAUGCCAAUGUCAUAUCUAUAUGGAAAACGGUUUGUGGGUCCGAUCACACCUCUAAUUCAACAAUUGAGAGAAGAACUUUACCUUCAACCUUACAACGAAAUCAAUUGGAGAAAAACACGCCAUUUAUGUGCUCCAGAAGAUCUUUACUACCCACAUCCAUGGAUACAAGAUCUGAUGUGGGACAGCUUGUAUGUAUUAACUGAGCCUUUACUUACUCGUUGGCCUCUUAACAAGUUGGUUAGAGAGAAGGCUCUACAAGUGACUAUGGAACACAUUCAUUAUGAAGAUGAGAACAGUAGAUACAUCACCAUUGGUUGCGUGGAAAAGGUGUUGUGCAUGAUUGCUUGUUGGGAGGAAGAUCCAAAUGGUGAUUACUUCAAAAAACAUCUCGCUAGGAUCCCAGAUUACAUAUGGGUUGCUGAAGAUGGAAUGAAGAUGCAGAGUUUUGGAAGUCAAGAGUGGGAUGCUGGUUUUGCUGUUCAAGCUUUACUUGCUAGCAAUCUCGUAGAUGAAAUUGGACCCGUACUUAAAAGAGGACAUGAUUUCAUAAAGAAAUCUCAGGUCAAGGAUAACCCUUCAGGUAACUUUAAGAAAAUGUAUCGUCAUAUUUCCAAGGGAUCAUGGACUUUCUCUGAUCAAGAUCAUGGAUGGCAAGUUUCUGAUUGCACUGCAGAAGGCUUGAAGUGUUGCCUACUAAUGUCAACACUGCCCCAAGAAAUUGUUGGUGACAAACUAGAACCAGAGAGGUUGUAUGACGCCGUUAAUAUUGUGCUUUCUCUCCAGAACAAAAAUGGAGGUCUAUCUGCUUGGGAACCAGCUGGAGCUUCGAGAUGGUUGGAAAUGCUUAACCCCACGGAAUUUUUCGAGGACAUUGUCAUUGAGCACGAAUAUGUUGAGUGCACUUCAUCAGCAAUCCAAGCUUUAAUUUUGUUUAAGAAGUUAUAUCCAGAGCACAGGAAGAAGGAGAUUGAAUGUUUAAUUGCAAAUGCUGUACACUACCUUGAGAAUGUACAAAUGCCUGAUGGGUCAUGGUAUGGAUGCUGGGGAGUCUGCUUCACAUAUGGUUCAUGGUUUGCACUUGGAGGACUAGCUGCUGCUGGCAAAACUUACGAUCAUUGUCCAGCAAUGCGAAAUGGUGUUGAAUUUCUCCUCAAAACACAAAGGGAGAAUGGUGGAUGGGGAGAGAGCUAUAAAUCAUGCCCUGAAAAGAAAUAUAUACCUCUGGAAGAAGGCAGAUCAAACUUGGUACAUACUGCAUGGGCUAUGAUGGGCUUGAUUCAUACCGGACAGGCGAAAAGAGAUCCAGCACCUCUCCACCGAGCAGCCAAGCUAAUCAUCAAUUCCCAAAUGGAGGAUGGUGAUUUCCCCCAACAGGAAAUCACUGGAGUCUUCAAUAAGAACUGCAUGUUGCACUAUGCAGCAUAUAGGAACAUUUACCCACUCUGGGCACUUGCAGAGUACCGUAAGUGGGUUCCAUUACCUUGAUGCCUUCGAGAUCAAGAACAAAAUGGAGAUAACUACAUAUAGCUUCCUUGGUAUAUUUUACGUGAAGAUUGUUCUAUGUAUAAAUGCGAAUGCAUAUC